AUGGCGGCGCCCUGUUGGAGGUAUGCCUGGCGACCGCUCUGGCAAAUUAGUUCAGGACCAGGGAGGUUAAAAGAUGCAGUGCGAUAUGUUUCUUCCAGCGCUCAGAAAGUCAAGACGGCAACUCCACCGUCGCCCUGGGUUCUACACGGCGCCGUGUGUUUACAGAGACUUCCGGUCAUCUCUCAGGACCUGAGCCCGGUUGAGGAGAAAUUCAUGGAGCUCAUGCGCCAGAUGGAGCUGGAGAGAAGCCUGCUCUCAGACCACGAGCUGCGGCUGUUGGAGGACGCCGAGCGCAUGAGCCGCAAACAGGAUGCUGAUUAUGACUCGGAUGAUGAAGAGGGCUACGGUGGUCAAGAGAUCGUCACAGCACAGGAUUUGGAGGACGCAUGGGAACAGAAGCUCAAGCUAUUUCAACCUGCUCUGAGAACAAAAGCUUCUGACACCACAGAUGUGAGCUUGGCUGAGCGCUGCCUGGGAGACAGCGUGGUGCUGCUGGUGAAUCAGGAUGCUGGCUCCCAGAAGGUUUGGCUUCUGCCUCAGUUGCCGUGGGAGCCAGGAGAGACGCUGAGGCAGACCGCAGAGCGUGCCCUCACCAGUUUGCCAGGUGCAAAAUUGAACGCAACUUUCCUCGGAAAUGCUCCUUGUGGAUUUUACAAGUACAAAUUCCCCAAAAGCAUCCGGACCGAGAACAGAAUAGGAGCCAAGGUGUUUUUCUUCAAAGCCGUGCUCUCUGGUCGCGGCAGUCUGCCACCGGAGAAAGACGGCUUCGUGUGGGCGAGAAAGGAUGAGCUCCAAGAUUACCUCAAGCCAGAAUACCUGAAACAGGUCAAGCGAUUUAUUUUGGAUCUGUGACAUGCUGAGAAACUGGACCCCAUGUAGAAAUGUUAUACACACUGAUGUAAGGCACUUGCUCUGACUCGAUGUGGUGGGAUUGUGACAAAUCAGAUCCCUUGUCUCUGCUGAUUAAAAAUAAAAUGUUUGGGUUUUUUUUUUUUUUGGAGCUCCAUUUCCACACUAUAAUCAGUUAUGGCUGUGUGACUAAGCCUGACAUAACAGACUAAAUAAAUGCAAAUUUCUAGAGGAGUUAAAUGAAUCAGGUGUGAUGGGCAGUGUGCAUCGGAGUGUGGCGGGGUCUGGAGUUUGACUGAAUUAUGUACCAGUUCCGCAACCACAGAUGAGACAAAUAUACCCUGUUAUUUUACAAAUGUAUGUUAAAGAUAACAAUCUGGUCUUUUCUAAUGUUUGAAAUUUGUUCUCUUUGUAUUUCUUUGUCAUGUUUUGAAAAAUAAAUUGAAUGUUUGGUUUUUUUGUA